CUUCGCAUGAGGACAUAUCAAGAAGACAGCAGACUGUGAGCGAGGAAGGAACCUGUGCGGGAACCCGGCUGCUGCUGGUCUUAACGCUCUGGGCUCCAGACUUUCCCUCUGUUAGGUCACUCUGGUCUCUGAGCUGCUGUCUUCUACAUCAGACACACUUGGCUCGUGCCUCAGAGCCAACCAUGGGUGAAUUUCAGAACUUCGUUUGGAGUGUUUCUGAUGAGAUGUGGUUUGAGGGGUUUGAAAAUUUCACUGGCAUGCCACCCACAGGAGAAGAUUUUAGACCCUGUGAUACGGACGCUGAUGUGCUCAGCAGCUCUGCUCUGGUUGCUGUCUAUAUCAUGGUGUUCCUGCUGAGCCUGCUGGGAAACUCUCUGGUGAUGGUGGUCAUCUUAUCCAGCCAGGUCACCCGCUCUGUCACUGAUGUCUACCUGCUGAACUUGGCCAUCGCUGACCUGCUCUUUGCCCUGACCUUGCCUGUCUGGGCUGUCAACAAGGAGAAGGGCUGGAUCUUUGGCACACCCUUUUGCAAGAUCGUCUCUCUCCUGAAGGAAGUCAACUUCUACAGCGGCAUUCUACUACUCGCCGGCAUCAGCAUGGACCGCUACCUGGCCAUCGUCCACGCCACACACACUCUGACCCAAAAGCGCCACUUGGUCAAGUUCAUAUGCAUGGGCAUCUGGGUAGUAUCUUUGAUUCUCUCCUUGCCCACCUUCCUCUUCCGCAAAGCCUUCCCUCUAAACGAGUCCAUCACUGUCUGCUACGAGUUUCUGGGUAGUGACACGACCAAAUGGCGCCUGGUGCUGCGCUUCGUGUUCCAGAUCUUCGGCUUCAUCCUGCCACUGCUGAUCAUGCUGUUCUGCUACAGCUUCACGCUGCGCACACUGUUUAAGGCCCAAAUGGGGCAGAAGCACCGGGCCAUGAGGGUCAUCUUUGCUGUUGUGCUUGUCUUCCUGCUCUGCUGGCUGCCCUACAACCUGGUGCUGCUUGUGGACACCUUCAUGAGGAACCACUGGAUCGAAGAGACCUGUGAGCGCCGCAAUCAUAUUGACCGAGCCCUGGAGGUCACUGAGAUCUUGGGCUUCCUCCACAGCUGCCUCAACCCCAUCAUCUAUGCCUUCAUUGGCCAAAAGUUUCGCCAAGGACUCCUCAAGGUCCUCGCUGCCCGCGGUCUGAUCAGCAAGGAGUUCUUGGCCCGUCACCGUGUUCCCUCUCACUGCUCCUCCAGCACUAUCGCUUCAAACCUCUGAAUUCCACUGGUGAAAGAGUCUCUCACUCUCUAAGGAAAGAAGAGCCAUCAGCCCAAGGUUGUGUGGGUGGGAUAGACUGGCUCAAACAGAUCCUCUGGGUUUGAGGGGCAACUACAGAGUGUGGGGGAGUUAGGGACCGGUGCCUCAGGGACCACCUCAGCCUUCUGAGGAAGUGCCAGAGACCUCCAAGGGCCAGCUUCACACGGCCGUGAAAAGGAGCAGCCUCAUUUCUGUUGAACUUGUGCAUCUUUGAUCCAUUAACUAGGUAAUUAGCAUGGUCACACCUGUAGCCCGCAUCUUACAGUAAAGCAAAGAACUAGGGCCAAAGCUGUUUUCCCAAAUGGGCAGGACCCUCUUGUUAGUCCUUGCUGGAUCAUCACCCCAAACGCCGAGCAUGUCUUAAGCAGGCUGCAUUUUUUCUGUGCCCUCUGAUCUCAUGGGACUCUUGUCCCACCCCUUGCAGUUGUAGUAUCUGCUGAGGAUCUCAAGGCAGGUGCUGCUGAAGCAUCACACCACCAGGUGGCCUUGUGCUGGAGCCGGACAUAAUUUCCCCUGGGGUGCUGUGGAUGUUCGGGAAACCAGUGCUAUAGCAUGAAGUCCUCUUUAUUCCAUGAUCAGAGACAGGCAAUGAACAUGCUGGAUAUGUGCAGAGCUGUGGAUGGAACAAGACUCACCCUCUUGACACUUCCAACCUGACAUGGAGCAUUAGCAACCUCACAGACCUGCACACACUUGGCAGUCAGCCGGCCAGCCCCAUAUUUCCAAUAAAAUUUCUUUCCUGGGGUGGAUCUCGCCUGGCUCCUUUGUAUUGUACUAGCCACCCCCCCAUGCUUCCUUGGAAUUACUGUAGUUUCUGUUUUCCAUCCCUGAAGGCAAAACUCUUCUGUUUUGUUCACUCUACAUCCCUGGUGUCCGACACACUGCCCAGAGCCCAUUAAAUGCUCGGUCAAUA